AUGCGCUUUACAUCUGUACCAUUCGUUGCCCUCGCGGCUGUCGGCGUAGUCAACGCCCAGGGUUCUAUGGAUACAUGGAAUCCAGCUGCAACCGGCGACUCCCGUGGACCCUGCCCCAUGCUCAACACCCUGGCCAACCACGAAUACCUCCCCCACAACGGCCGCAACUUCACCCUCGACAUCCUCAAGCACGCCUUCAAAACCGCCCUGAACCUCAGCGACGACGUCACCGUCCUCCUGCACACCGCCGCCCUCACCACCAACGCCGGCGGCUCAACUUGGGGCUUGGAUACGCUCAGCAAGCAUAAUAUCCUCGAGCACGACGGCAGUCUUUCUCGCCAAGACAACGCCAUCAACGGCGACUCAACCUCCUUCAACGCCACCAUCUACGCCCGCACCCGCUCCUUCUUCACUGCCCCAACAAUCUCCCUCCAAAUGGCUGCAAACGCCCGUCUAGCCCGCAUGCUCGAUUCCCUCAAGAUCAACCCGCAAUUCUCAAUCUCAGCCCCUGCUGUCGGGUUCAGCCAUCUCGAGACGGCAAUUUACAUGAUUGUGUUUGGGGAUCGCAAGGACAAGACGGCGGUUAGGGAGCAGGUGGAUUUUUUCUUUGAAAACGAACGUCUCCCCACUGAACUCGGCUGGAAAACUCCCGACACAGUCAUUUCCGGUGCAGAUGUCAAGGAGUACCAGAAUCUCGUUGUUGCGAAUACCAAGUAUCAGCCUGAUAUCAUGGGUCCUUAA